AGGUCUGAUUGGUUGCCUGGCACUUCAUCUGUGGCAAGCAGGACAAUGGCUGCCAGCAAGAGCAAGAACCAGAGUUCCUUGGCCCUCCAUAAAGUAAUUAUGGUUGGCAGUGGAGGUGUGGGCAAAUCUGCACUCACUCUUCAAUUUAUGUAUGAUGAGUUUGUAGAAGACUAUGAACCUACCAAGGCUGACAGCUAUAGAAAGAAAGUAGUUCUGGAUGGUGAAGAAGUUCAGAUAGACAUUCUGGACACAGCAGGACAGGAGGAUUAUGCAGCUAUCAGAGAUAACUAUUUCCGCAGUGGGGAAGGAUUUCUUCUAGUCUUCUCAAUAACAGAGCAUGAAUCCUUUACAGCAACGGCAGAGUUUCGGGAACAGAUCCUGCGUGUGAAGGCUGAAGAGGAUAAAAUCCCUUUACUAGUAGUGGGAAACAAAUCUGACUUGGAAGAGCGCAGACAAGUGCCUGUAGAAGAGGCUAGAAGUAAGGCAGAGGAGUGGGGCGUGCAGUAUGUAGAAACCUCUGCCAAAACUAGAGCGAAUGUAGAUAAGGUAUUCUUUGAUUUAAUGAGAGAAAUCAGAGCAAAGAAGAUGUCAGAAAACAAAGACAAGAAUGGCAAGAAAAGUGGCAAGAACAAGAAAAGCUUUAAAGAAAGAUGUUGCUUACUGUGACACUUGGAACUGUAAAAUCUAACUACAGGUGGCAUGGAUAAGAUACCACUAAGGAUAUAGGGCUGGAUUCAUGAAAGGAAGUCUGUAUUGGCUCCCUUAUCUUUUGCUUUGCAUAUCACACCUUCAAAAUGUGAAAACAGAACUUUGAAACCAUUUCUGGUAUCCAACAAAACCUAUGCCUACUUAAACUGAAAUGGGCUCUGUCUUCCUAUGUCUUUCAAAACUAGAGACAGUUUCAGAACUACAAUCCUUCUGCUUGGUUAUACAAAGUACUUUCGUAUUAACUUCCUAGUUUACUCUAAUGUUUAUCUGAAUAUGUUUCUCUUGAACCUCUACUGGCCUUAACAAGCACAGCUGUUCAGGUUCAAAGAUGUUUUUUUUUUUUCCACUGUUGCUGCCCUCCUCCAUGUUGCAAACUGCAGAAAAGCUAGAUGAUAUCUGGUAAAGGGUUUGAGUCUCCAUCUUCUGUUAGUUGUCCCUGAUAUUUCUUACAUUGAAGUCUGCUGGCUUCUUCC